UAUAACUCAGUAAAAAAUGGGCUUUUUGCUACCAUCUAUAACAUCAAAAAGAGAUUUUGAUUUUUUAAUGGAUCUCAUCUUUUUCUGAAUUAAUUAACCUUAACUUCAAACAAUUUUGUUUCAUUUUAAGGUACAUCGCAGCUUCUUUCCAAAUUGAUAUUUAGUUGGAACAGGUGUUAUUUUGGCAGUUGCUUUUAAGCUGGUAGGAUUUUUACAUCUGGAUCCCAGAGCUAAUCAGAAGGUGUUUUCUACCUUUUUCACUAUCUGAGGCAGUUUAAAGGUUCUCAGUAUAUUUUGUAACUCAUUAAUUUUUGGCAUCCUCUCUUGCAUAGAGGCCAAUAUGAAUCAUUCUUUCUUUGAGCACAAUUAGCUGUGAAAACAGAUCUUAGACUUUCUUUCUUUCUUUUUUUUUUGCAAAGGAUUAUUGAAGGUAGGAAAUGCAGGUGAUUAUCAGAGUUUGCCUUUGAUACAGACAUCCUGCUCCUCUUGGAGCCCUUUGAACUCACUUUGAUAUGCAAUAAUUAGGAGGGAUUCAGCCCCAGGAGGAGAAGAGGCUGCUGCUGCCCGGCCUCCUCUCUCACUCUAUUGAGUCCUUGUUUUGAACUAUUGAUCAAACAGAUUUGAAGGGAUUUGUUGAAGCCUGUGUGGGCUGAAGAGGAAGGAAAUGUUGGGAGGGGGGGAGAGGAUGAGAGAAAUGGGCACAUCUGGCUAUAAAUACUUCAGGAAGGAGCCUACUGGUCAGGUUUCAUUCAUCACAUUUCACACACAUUACUUAGCCUUGAAAUUGUCUUCUGCUGCAGAAAAAACUCUGUGAGGCUUUAUAUUCUUAAGUCUUGGCAAACCCAAUCCCAGUUUGUAGAAGCCCCUGUGCAGAGAGGCAGAGAGUGAGGGAAAACUGUAGCCUCCUGAGAACAGCAAACCUGGGAUCUGGACACCUGAAGAAUGGUGGUAGUUUUCUUGCUGGGACUAAGCUAUCUGUGCUCUCCCCUGGGAGCCUUGGUUCUGGAUUCGAACAUCAUCAAGAGUUCUGCUGAAGUGCAAGACCCUCGCAAGGGUUCUUCACAGUGUUUGAAUGACAGAGACUGUGGUGCCAAAAAAUUCUGCCUCAGAUCCAGAGAUGAAAAGCCAAUCUGUGCCAUGUGCCGGGGGUUGCGGAGACGGUGCCAUCGUAAUGGCAUGUGCUGCCCAGGGUCUCUCUGUGUCAAUGAUGUUUGUACACUCAUUGAAGACACAACCCCAGUCCUGGAGAGAAAUGAUGACCAGGAAGGCCUGGAUUCUAAGGGGACAACUCAGCACCCAAUUCAAGAAAGCAAGCCCAAAAAGAAGCCCAACACUAAUAAACCUCAAGGCAGUAAAGGGCAAGAAGGAGAAAGUUGUCUACGAACUUUUGACUGCAAUCCUGGACUUUGCUGUGCUCGCCAUUUUUGGACAAAAAUUUGUAAGCCAGUCCUCCUGGAGGGGCAAGUUUGUUCUAGACGUGGCCAUAAAGAUGGUGCUCAAGCUCCAGAAAUCUUCCAGCGCUGUGACUGUGGUCCUGGACUGUUUUGCCGAAGUCAAAGUACUGGGCCUCGACAACACUCUCGUUUAAGAGUCUGUCAGAAAAUCUAGUCUCUUAAGAAUCUUGUGGAAAUACAAAACUCAAACCGAUUCUUAAAGCCUUUAAUAUAGACAUUUCUUGUAAUAGGAUCAUGCACCAUUUGAAGUAACUGAAAGCUAGACUAACUGUCUGAUACUUUGGAAUUACUACUGUAAACCAUGGUGGAAAAGGAGCUGGUUCUUUGUCUGUCUGUGUUCUUCAAUGUACAUGAAAACUGAGGUCCCUGAAAACAAAAAAAUGUAGUUUUAACUUGGUGACUCACUUAAUAAUAAACCUUUAAAGUGGUUUCUUGACAGACAUGGAAGAAAAGUGAAGGAGUCCGAAGGCAAGAUUAUUAAUUCCUGCAGACUAAUAGUGAAAAUAAUCCCUGUAAAUAUUGGUAAACCAAAUAACUGCUGUUUUGAUACUGAUUUCUCUUCCAUUAAGGCAAAAAUGCCAUAUCAUCAUGCAUAGGUGAAACUAUUUGAUAGUUUAAAUUAAAUGCAGUAUUAGAAAAAAGGUUUUACUAAGCAGAUGACUUAUUUUUAUGUGUAAUGGAACUAUAACUCCCAAGGUAUUCUAGAACUGGAAAUAGACAUUUCACUUCUAAAAACCUACAGUUUGUACUUAUGAUAUUUAUCCAUAACACUUGAAUGAUAAGGCCAAGAAAAAGGGAAGACAGUUUUAAUCCUUGUAAAACAUAAGCAGAUGAACUAUUUUGAUUUAGAAACAAACUUAUGAUUGCUAGUUCUUUUUCAAGGGAAAUUGCAGCUGUUUAAGUUAUAAGUUUUAGUCCCCCCAAAAUAUGGGAUCAAUAGGGGAGUGAGAUGGAUUUAUGAAAAUCUCUAAUUUCUAGACAAAUAAGCUAUUUUCCCUUCCUGAAGCCUACACACAAUGUAUCUGGUGGAAGUACAGUUGGGGCCUAGGAAGAAGCACUGAGAAAUCUUUUUUAAUUGGAUAAAAAGUGGUAAAUUAGAAUCUCUAUCAGAAAUCAAUUGGCUUUCUUUCUCUCUCUUCAUGGCAUUUAUCUUAAUUCUUUAGUAAAAAAUAAACAUGAAUAAAA